AUGGUGCGAUCGUGUUAUGUGUGCAAGAUAAACAGUAGUAAUCCAGAAUCGGCCAAUUUAUCAUUCCAUCGCUUCCUGACGAGUUUAUAUGAAUAUAUAUCCAUCACUAGCAGUAUGAUACAAUUUAAAGAUGUUCUGGGUGUAGUUCAUCAAGUACAAAAAUAUCCACAUACACAAUCUUCAUGCAACUUAAGUAAACGUGAUUUUGCCAUGAUUUGA